UGGUCAAAAUGGUAAUGAUAAAGCAAAUACGAAAGACUCUACUAAAACAGAAUUUAAAUUUGGUGCUAACAAUGUUGGUUUUGAUAAGUACAAAGUCAGCGCUGAGGUGUGGGAAUGUGAUACGUGCAUGGUUCAGAACAAAACAACUGAUCAUAAAUGUGUGGCAUGUCAAGCACCUAAACCAGGCACUCAACCCACACUCAGUAGUCCACCAAAAGCUCCAGUCACUACACCCUUAGCUGGGUUAGCUACAAAGAUUGCAAAGGCUUCAGAAACAAAAUCUGAUGCACCUUCAGACAGCUCCAAAUUGUUGGGUUUUAAACAGUCAGACAUUGCAAAGCCAAGCAUUACACUAGGAACUGUCACUGGCAAAGAUUCUGUUGCGAAACCAGGAAGUGAUACCUUUAAAUCAUCAUUUACGUCACAAAAAACUGAGCCUAUUCCAGCUGUAACUACUUUUGCCUUUGGGGUACAGAAGACCAAUGAAUCAACUGGUUUCAGCUUUGCCCAUAAUGUGUCAGGAAGCAAGUCUCAAGACAAAAAGCUUGAUGUGGGCGGGGCUGUUGAUGUGAAAGUUGGCAAGGUGGAAACUAGAGGAUUCAAAUUUGAUGCCGGUGCUGCAACAAGUAAACAGUCUGUGGCUCCUGCAGUCAACUUUGGUGUUGUACCUCCUCAGUCUGGCAGUGUAUCUGUGGCUCCUGCAGUCAACUUUGGUGUUGUACCUCCUCAGUCUGGCAGUGUAUCUGUGGCUGGGCAAAAUAUCAAAAAGGAAGAAACUCCUGCAAGUCACGAAGUAAAACCAGCGUUUGGUUUCGGCAAACCACUCCCAUCUGGUGUUAAUAGCAAAGUCAAUGAUGCUCCUCCAAAUGUUACAAUUACGCCAUCAGCUGGGUUUGUAUUCAAUGCUGGUAGUACACAGAGUAACCAAACUGCAGUACAGCCCAUUGCUACUGGUGCUGGUGGAUUUAACUUCACAGCCGUUAAGACUGAACACAAGAAUAAAUCUGAUGCUGUUCCUAAGGUAGCCAACAUGUUUGGUGCGCCAUCAGGAGAGAGUACAGCUGCAGGAUUUCAAGCUACCACCACUUCUAGCAGUAUCGUACCAAGCAGUCAGAAAAGCACCUCAUCACCAUUUGUAUUUGGUGGCAAUAACACAUCAACCACCAAUUCAACUACAACCAAUGCUUCCACACCGAAUGCCAGUGGUGCGGGUUUCUCUUUCAAUUCAGCUCCAACGGGGGGUUUCAAUGCAACUCAAUUAAGUAUGUUCACAGGUGCUUCUGCAAAUACCAACAAACCAGCAGUGUCUUUUGCCGCAACAGGAGCAUUAAAAACCGGGUCCCCUGCUCUUGGAAAUUCUACAUCAGGAUUUGGCUCCACCUCUGGUAACUUCAGCUUUGGUGCAGGCGCUACUCAGCAAUCCACGGAUGUCAGUGCUACCUCAGUAUUUCCUUCUGCUACACCAUUUGGACAACAAUCUGCCAACAGUGGUGCCUUGCCAGCAUUUGGGGCAGGUAGUGCCCCUGCGUUUGGAGCUGGUACAACCACUGGGUUUGGUUCUUCUGCUGGUGCAAGUACAUUUGCCAAUACUAACAAUACGUCUGUUAGCACACCAACCCAGCAAUCAGCAACUCCAGCACCGUUCGGUGGUAUUUCCUCUGGAACCCCUCCAGUAAACAUGUUUGGUGCCGGGGCUUUUAAUGCUGCUGGUUCACAACAAAACACGUCUGCAGCCUCUGCUGGUGGAUUUGCAUUUCAACCCAAUCCUAGUGGAGGAUUUGGCACCCUUGGUGGUGCUGCUGCUGCUGGUACUGGUGUAUUUCAGUUCGGUGGAACCAAUGACUCAGCUGCCCCACAGCAAGCACCAAGCACGUUCUCUACUCCCGGAGGUUCUACGGGUAACCAGGCAUUCAAUUUCACUGCUGCAGGAAGUUCACCAGCACCCUUCAAUUUCGGUGCCAACCCUGCUGCUCCAAGCAAUAUGUUCAGUGCAUCGGGGACACCGGGUGCCAGGAAAAUAAAAAGACCUGUUCGGAGAAGAAAAUAGCAUCUUGAUGUGACAAGAGAUUGUGUGAGACUGUUCUGAUGUACAUAAACAUAACUGCCAUGUGAACAAUGUACUAUAUGAAGAUUACCACCCCUCAUUGCCUCUCCUCCCGUUUUCUUAACCACCCAAAACUUGCUACAUUCUAUUAUUAAGAGGAAUUGAAACCAAGAAUAAAAUGUCACAAUAUAUUUAUUACUGAA